GAAACGCAUUCAGCAGCGCACGCACCCUACGCUCUGAAGUCGGUACGUGCUGACACUCACUUUGUUCGAUGGAGCCGUGGAUGAUGUGUCUGUUUUGUGACACACGCCGCAGCCAGAUCCCACGCAGACAGGUAUGCUGGCAGCUUGCGAUGACUGACACAGCUUCGAUCUUGUGUUUGUAUGUACUUGUGGCAGUGGCGAGAGAUGACUCACUACGCGGCAAGGGCGCUACUCACUCCAUUCCUCGGCCUCGCCGUGUUCCUCACGAGGGCCGCAUCCAUUAGGUUGCAAGCGACACCCGGGCAUUCUCUGGUCGCGCGAAACAACACUUUCACAAUCAUGCAAAUCACAGGUGGGAGGACGCACCAGCAGUAACACACAGAGACAAUCGACGUUCUUGUUUGGGUGUCGGGUAGAUUUGCAUUACGGCGAGAGUCUUGAUGCACGAGGCUUUGCGCAGGAUGCGAAGUCAACUCGCGCGAUGCAGCGACUGCUUUCGCUGGAACGGCCUGACUUAGUGGUGUUCUCUGGCGACAUCCUGCACGUCUGGCGGGACAACGCCACUCAGUUCUGGGACCAGGCAAUGGCACCCACACUCGAGAGGCGCAUCAGGCAUGCAGUGGUAUUCGGCAAUCACGACGACUUGCACCGUGAUCCCCCGCCUCAAGAUGACCUCUCCCGCCGGAUGGCCCUGCUCCACUACGAUAUGUCGCUGCCUGGGUCCCUCACUGGGUCGAUGUUUGUCAGCCGCAUGGGCGGUGGAGUCACCAAUUAUAUGCUGGAGGUGUACAGGAGUGACGAGGAUGCUGCAAGGGGUCAGCCGGCAGCUCUCUUGUGGUUUCUUGACAGCGGCGGUGGAUCGAUUCGGGAGAUCAUACGGGUGCGUACGGUGGGAGAGAAAUGCGCACAUGACGUGGAGUGACACAGUGCUUUGUCGAUGGAUGCAGGAGGAUCAAGUGAGGUGGUUCUCAGCAAAGGCACGACAGCUGAAGGAGAGGUACGGCGUGCUGCCGGCCUUUCUGUACAUGCACAUUCCGUCUCACGAGUACCUCCAAUACAAUCCCGCUGUACCAGAAUCACGAUCAAGGUCACAAAACCACUGACAGCCAAAACACACACGCCGACAUCCGCGUGUUCCCUGUGCUCUGUGCAGAUGUGUGGGUUGGAUGAACGACACAGUGCAUCCGACCAAGGAGGACACAGGGGUGUUUGAUGCGGCAGUGGCGGCGCACAUCCAGUACAUAUUUGUCGGUCACAUGCACGGCAGCGAUUUCUGCUGUCCCGCACCCACACGCAGCAGCAGUGCCUCUGACCCCGUGAUGCUGUGCUUCGGGCGCCGGAGUGGCUAUGGCGGGUACGGGAAGGUGUGGGCGAGAGGAGCGAGGAUGCAGCGUAUCGAUCUGUCAGCCGAUCGGCCGACGAUGCGCACGUGGAUCAGAAUGGAGGAUGGAAGCAUUGAGCAGGCAGGCUGAAGAAGAGGAGAGUGAGGGUACACGAUUGUUUAUUGAUGGCCUUCUGUCGUACAAAGCGAUUGUGAUGCAUCGAUGGC